AGUGAUAACGAAAAUCACCAUCAAUCAAAUACUCGCUACAAAAAUCACCAAUUUCUAGAGUUAAGAGAACAGAAACAGCGGAAUCAUGUCCGAUAAUGACGAUGUGUUGUGUCCCCCGACGCCAGACGAUGAAGAACUUACGUUACCGAGGGCAUCCAUAAACAAAAUGAUCAAAGAACUGGUACCAUCGAUUCGCGUUGCCAACGAGAGUCGCGAACUGAUCCUCAAUUGCUGCACAGAGUUCAUCCAUCUCAUAAGUUCCGAAGCGAAUGACGUUUGCAAUCAACGAAACAAAAAGACAAUAAAUGCAGAACACGUAUUAGAAGCAUUAGAUAGGCUAGGUUUUAAGGACUACAAAAAAGAGGCGGAAGCCGUGCUGAGUGACUGCAAGCAAGUAGCGGCGAAACGACGUCGCAAAAAUACGCGCCUCGAGAACUUGGGCAUCCCCGAGGAGGAGUUGUUCCGACAACAACAAGAGCUAUUUGCCAAAGCUCGCGAACACGUACAACAGGAGGAGCAAGCUGCGUGGUGCCAAUUGCAGGCGGCAGCUGUGCAACAAAGUGCCCAACUGCUGCACAAUCGGAUUCAUUCGCAGGAAGAGAGUGACGACGAUUACUGAAGAUGAUGAAGACUUUU